AUGGCCACCGGAGGAGAGAGAUCGAGCCGGCGAAAAUUCUGUCAAAACCCGGCCUUUUCUUCGAGUUCUCCGGCGGCACGAGCGGUGGCUGGCGGCCGGAAUUGGCUGAGACGGGACGACGGAGUUGGGUCGGUCCUUUUGGUACCGGUCUUGCAUGCUGCCGUGGCCGGUUGGCCGGAGUUCGAAGAGAGGGGGAGAGGAGAGAGGGUCUGUCGCACGGAGGAGAGAGAGUGGUUUUAA